AUGGGGCGGUCGCCGGCGGCGUUCGCACGGGUGUGCUGCCUUCUCCUCCUGGUGGGAGUCGCCUUCUCCAAAACCGUGAAAAGAGAUGGUAACCCCCCCUUCUCUCUCUCUGUAAUGUGGUGUGGAACACCAUUCUGAGAGUUUUCUGCCAAAGCUUGUCAUUUUGAAGUGGCACAGUGGGAGAACGUAAAUGGUGCUUUGGUUUAUCUGGUUAGUUUUCUAUGGUGCCACAUAUUCAUAAAGUUGAAUAUAUGGAGGAAGGAAGUGUUUGGUAUCAAUGGGUUAUGGUGCAGACAUUGAGUUCGUAUUUCUCCGAUGAUGGGUGGUGAAUCUAGUGAAGCUCAUGUUGAUUUUAUGCGUUCUUGAGGGGUUCAUAUUUUGUGCAAAAUUUAACGGGUAUUUAUUUUCUUUAGAUUGAUAUUGGUUAAUUCUGAAACGUCUUCGGAUAGAACUUCGUUGACACUUGAAUAUAAUUAUUUUUUGGUUUAUUAGUUUUUCUAUGUCGAUGAGUAAGAGGUUCUUUAGUGCUCACAGGUUGCACACUUCUACGUAUUUUGUUUUUACUCUGUAAAAGGUUCAUAUUGGUGAAUGUAAUUUUUUUUUUUUUGUUUGUUUUAUUUUAAGUUGGUCGUGGUGGAGAAUUAUGCUACCUUUCUGAAUGAUAUAUUUUGUGUGCUAUCAUUAUCUGUGGAGUUGAAGUGUCAUCUUUAACCUCUCCUUGCUACAAUAGGUAGUGCAUCUGGCUCCACUCCUGAGUUAAUCCCUGAUUUUUUCUGGCAUGGGAAAUAGUGUACGGUAGGCCUUUUAAUCACAUAUUUGUUGACAAUAUUCUGUGUAUGAAAUAUCUAGACGCUGGUAAAACAUAUGUUUCUGAAUUCUUGGUAUUUUCCUUCCAGUUCGCUUGUUCCAUAUUUUCAUGACAUGAAUUGAUAUUACAAGAAAUGAUAAUCCAUCACGCACCUUAUUCUUCUGUUGGAAACUAUGGUCCUUUUUCAGUGAAAGCCCUGAAUGAAAUCAAGGCAUCUCUUGGGUGGAGGGUGGUGUAUGCAUGGGUUGGGGAUGAUCCAUGUGGAGAUGGUGACCUGCCACCAUGGACUGGCGUGACAUGCUCUCAACAAGGAGAUUAUAGGGUCGUGACAGAACUGUAAGGGAAAUUAUUCUGAUCUCUUCCUUGUACAAAUGUAUAUACAUGCCUGUUAUCUAUGAUUAUAUUUCAUACUGUUGCAAAUGAUGGUCAAUGAGUUGAACGCCAUCUUUUCUGCUUAAAAAUUAAAGCACGAAAGAACGAGUUACAUAUUUCUUGAUUAUGAUAUAUCCCCCCUUUCUGAGUAAAAUUUCGGAUACUAUAGUAAUGUUAUUAAUUGUUUUUCUUAAAUGACGCAUAUUAAACUUGAGGUGUGUAAUGCUAUUAAUUAUUUUUCUUAAAUGACGCAAAUUAAACUUGAGGUGCUUAGAGGGAACCCACUUGGUGAAAUGUUGACUACUCUCAAUGAAUCGAGCUCCACAAAAGAAAGCAAAAAAAUGAAUAUCAGGGUUUAAAAGAAUCACCUAUUUCAGUAGUAUAAACUGAACAAAAAAGAGUCAGAACUACAUGGGAAGCUUGCUGAAGGAACACAGAGACAUGAGUUCCUAACACAGGGGCAUUGUUGAUCGCGCUUGCCUAUUGACAUCAAUGCAGCGUAGUGGAAAUUUUCAUGCACGACUACAUAGCAGGGGACUUGGGAAAAAACCCGGCAAGGAAAUCUCUCAGGACAUCAGACAGCCUACAAAGAAAGAUAUUGACAAUCUGAUCACCGAAAUAAAGUCUAAGAUCAUCCCUCUUGGAGAAAACUUCCUCAGAGAUUUGUGGACAUAUCUCAGGAGUUGAUUCAGAAACUCCUUUUCGAGACACGUGGUUGAAACUUUGGAGUAAGUAAUAUACUUGUUAAAGUGUAUGCAUCAGAAGAUCAAAUUACCUGCAAUAGAUAACCAGCAUCUUCCAUUUUCUCCCAGUACGAAGUUUCGCAUAUCUGGACCUGGUCGAAAUUCCUAGGUGUUGUCUUUGGAAAGUUUUUGCCUUGUUAGUUUCAGGCACCAUAUGAUAUCUGAUUAUGUUAUUUUGGUCUUACUGUCAUUUAUUUGCAGGGAAGUUUAUGCCGUAUCAAUUGUUGGUCCUUUUCCUACUGCUGUGACAAAUCUUCUUGAUCUGACUAGGCUGUAAGAGUUUUUCCUACCCUAUGCAUUGCACCAUUGAAUGUUUCAAGUUUCAUAUACCGUGAUAAUUCGGUUUUUGCAUUUUAACAGAUAUUUUGGGGCACCUUAAUCAACCAUUUGGUUAUCUUUUAGUUUAUUUAUCAUCUCCGCCCACAAAUUCUUCCCAGUGGAGGUCACGUAGCGCAGCUGGAUACUGUAAUAAAAUGUGUACUUAGUGAAAUUACUUCGGAGACAACACAGGAAGUUUAGUUCUUUCUGUCAGGAGCUAUCUUUCAUCCCAGUUUUAAUCGUAAGGAGCCUGUCUCUUUUUGUACCCCCAUGGUUUCAAACAUGGGACAAGAGACCUUUGAAUUUGUCUUUCUAAGGUUGCUUUUUGUUGUCUAUUCGAUUGCAAUGGUUAUAUUUUUCUUUUUAUUUUACUGAAUUACUCUUUGUAUGCCCUUUCUUCAUUUUGAAUGCUUAAAUUUUAGGACGCCCUUCUUAUUCCUAGCGAUACCCAUUAGAACCAGACUUUUAACCUACAAUAUACGUUAAAACGUUUCUGUUGACGGUAACAAAUGUAUACCAUAUGUCAUCUGUAACUUAAUGUGCUCCGUAUAAAUCAGCCAUGGUUGGGAUUUUUUUCUUCUGUGGAUGCCCUCAUUUUUUUUUUCAUUUCUCGUCUAUACUUGGUGUUAAUAACAUCUAUAUUAUGCUUGCUGCUCAAUUGUUUAAUAUGUAUGAGAGAUAAUAUCCUUGGGCAUUAAUCAUAUGAUUUCUUUUUAUCGUAAAUACUUUGAGAAUAAAAUAUUUAUUCGCCACAAAAAUACGUUGAGAGUAAGAGCAUUUCUCUGGCCGUCACUCUUCUUAAUAAGGCUAAGUUUACCAUUUCCUUGGUUUUUUUUUUGUUACAUUCGUAUAACUUUAGAAUGCGACCAGUAGGUUUACAUCUCUGGGGAACAUUUCUAAAAUAUCUAUCUUUUUUAUUAUCAUAUAAUGGUAUACUGUGGUUCUCCGUUCUUAAUUUCAUAUUUUAUAGAAAAUUGUUGAGUAGUACAUACUUGUACGUAUCCUGUAUACUUCCACACUUCACUCACAAUGGAUUCCAUCUGAUCCAACUAGCUGUUCGUGAUUCUUUUUUUCUAUACUUUUUGGACGUGCUUUUAUGUUUUUGCAAUUUGCCUAGUAUGGAAGAUUUAAACCAUCACCUAUGUUGGAAAAUCGGAAGUCAUCUCAUUUAAUUUUAGAGUACAUAUUUUUCCAGAUUUUCGCAUCUUCCAACCAUAUUUGUCAGGGUGCCAAGGCAUCUGGUACCUCUGAUACCUAGGCACUUUAGUCUCACUUUAGGCCAAUGUUAAUGUAAAAAGACAGGAAGUAAGUCUAUGAACUGAAACAAGAUUUACUGAAACGUCAGUUCCAUUCUUUUCUCCUGAGAAAAAUGUACACCCAAAAAUGAUACUCGGAGGCCCAGUUCUUAGAAGCUAAUUUGCAGCGAUGAGACAUAAGACCCAUAAAAAAAUGAUUUUUUUGCAAAUAUCUUUCUCUUUACCCUCAACUGGAACAUGGUGCCUGAAUUCCAUCCUUUUCCCAACUCAUCCCCGCCCUCUGAUAAAGAAAAAAAAGUGCAAUACUUUACACUCUCGUGCAGGGUUUUACUCCUUCCUUUGGGUAUCGAGGGAGGGCUCUGAUAUCUUGAACAUUGUUUCUUCACUGCAGCGGAACUUCUUUUUUUAGUCAGCAGUGCCGAUAUUUCCCUUCUCCAUUUGACUCGCUUUCCUUUCCUCCCCCAUCACCAUCUUUACUUAUACUAAUUCUGGUAUCUCUUUCCCCACUUUCUGGUCCAGCCCUGGUUCAAUUGUUGUCUAUUGUUUAUGUGUGCUGAGACUGAACCAGAUUCUGCACCGUAUAUCUUCUACAGUGACCUGUGCUCCUUCUGUCAUCUUCUGAAGCAUUGUAGACAUCACACCGUUGGCCUGUCAUUGUAACAUGAAGGAUGAUAUUUUGUUUCAUUUUUAUUUUUUCGUUUCCUAAUCGACUUUAUGGAAUCAAUUUACAUUCAGUGCACAAGGGUUAACGAUAUGCUAUGUACUCAAUCAUCGCUCCUGCUUAGGUGCAGCUGAUGAUUUUUAUGAAUCUUUUCUCACCUCCCAAGUGGCUAUUGCUACUUCAGCAACAGAACCCUGAUGUAGAAUAUUCUCGUUUGACUUUUGGUUCUUAUUCAGCUUUCUCAGAUCAUCUGUUACUGAAUAUAUAUCGUCCUUAAUUUUUUUUAACGGCAGGGAUCUUCACAAUAACAAGUUGACCGGACCUAUCCCCCCUCAGAUUGGACGACUGAAGCAUCUGAAAUCAUUGUACGGUUCUCUACUUGUCACACUUAUCGUUAGCAUUUAUGUCUACAAAUCCCUAUGAAAACAUUUGCAUGGGUUGACUUUGUUGGUUAUGAAUGCACAUGAAAGCUAAAAAAUAUCACCAUCCUAUUCUUUCACGGUACUUCAGCUGUGACCCUUUUUGUUCAACUUGAACUUACUUGAUGACCUCCAUUCAAGUGAAUGUGUUUCCUCGAAAUGUUAAUUAUUUUUAAUAGAUGUACUCAUAAUUUUAUUUUAUUUUUGUGCAUUUCAGGAAUCUUAGGUGGAAUAAACUGCAGGAUGUAAUUCCCCCUGAAAUCGGUGAACUAAAGAAGCUGACCCACCUGUGAGUCAACUUCUGUCCAGUGUUCAUGAUAAGCAUUGCACCACACUCAUCCUUGUUCAACCAUUUCAUGUCUCUACAGGCAGCUGAGCUUCAACAAUUUCAAGGGAGAAAUCCCCAGGGAGCUCGCGAAUCUACCAGAGCUCCGCUACCUUUACCUCCAUGAGAACCAGUUUACCGGGAAAGUUCCUCCUGAACUGGGGAAUCUCCAGUUUCUUCGGCACAUGUACUACUUGAUCAUCUCAGUUUUGACUUUUUUUUACCAUUCCUUUUUAAGGAAUCUCCCCGAUCUGUUUCUGACGACGAUUUUAUCGUUGACUUUCCUUAGGGAUGUCAGCAACAACCGGUUGACUGGAACAAUAAGAGAUCUUAUCCGUAACACAGGAGACUGCUUCCCUUCCCUCAGGAACCUGUAAGCGGGCUGCGCCCAUUCACCACCCAUGCAUUAUAUUAUAUUUUAAGCUCGUUUGUUUAUUGAUAUAUCCCUGACAAGACUCUUGAAUUCAAGGUACUUGAACAACAACCAAUUGGGAGGAGGAAUACCCGAACAGCUCUCCAACCUGACCAAUUUAGAGAUCCUGUGAGCGCCAUUCCUAUAAAUGGAAAUAAAUUCGGAGGAUGAGCUCACCUUUUGUCCAACAGCUUCUGAAUGCCUCACUGUUCUUCCUUCUUCCCAUUUAGGUAUCUAUCACACAACAAGAUGAGCGGCACGAUUCCUGCGAGGCUUGCGGAAAUCCCUAGAUUAACUUACUUGUGAGCACCUUUAUCCGAUCUCAUCUCGUUCAAAAUCUUGUGGGUGUUCUUAAAAUCUCUGAACCAGCGAGCUCAUCAGGUACCUGGAUCACAACUCAUUCAGCGGCAGAAUCCCUGACAAGUUCUACAAACACCCCUUCCUGAAGGAGAUGUGAGUUCUUCUUCUUCUCCUUCUGCUUCUUCUGCUUCUUCUGCUUCUUCUUCUUCUUGAUGAUCUGGGUCACCUUGCCUAUAGACAUCGACUGAAUCUGCGCUGACUUCAGGUACAUUGAAGGCAACCAGUUCAGGCCCGAGACAGUUCCAAAGGGCUCCCACAAGGUUCUGGAUGUCACAGACACUGAGUUCUUGUUCUAG